UGAGCUGAUAGCGCUCCUGCGAGCAUGGCGAACAUCCCUAAGACCCGCCGGACAUUCUGCAAGAAAUGUGGGAAGCACCAACCCCACAAGGUGACCCAGUACAAGAAGGGCAAGGAUUCUUUGUAUGCCCAGGGAAAGCAGCGUUAUGACAGGAAACAGAGUGGCCAUGGUGGGCAGACUAAGCCUAUUUUCCGCAAAAAGGCUAAAACUACAAAGAAGACCGUCCUGCGACUGGAGUGCGUGGAGCCCAACUGCAGAUCCCAGAGGAUGCUGGCGACUAAGAGGUGCAAGCAUUUUGAACUGGGAGGCGACAAGAAGAGAAAGGGCCAAGUGAUCCAGUUCUAAGCCGGGUUUUUUUUUUUUUUAAUGAAGACAAUAAAA